GUUCUAUACAAAUUCUCUGCCGAAGUUCGCUGCUGCGCACGAACUUGGCGCAGACAUGAUUUGAACAAAAUCGUCAACGAACGAAGCUGGCACCGACAAAGUUGCCAACAAAUGGAAAUAGUCAAAAUUUCGCUUUCUGCUGGAUAAGUUGUGUUGAGGAUUAGAGCGGAGUGUAUUGUUCAUAGUAUGUUAGCUGUGAAGAAUAAUAAAAACUGCAAAGUGUAAAAGAAAUAAACAGUGAGUUAAGUGGAAAGGAAAUUCGUGAGACUUUGUGGUGCUUGGCAAGAAAACUAACAUUUUUUGGAAGUAAAUCGAACUAAAGUAAUUAAUUGGCGUGCGGAAACAAUUUUGGCGAGAAAAGAGUACUGGCGACCGCAAACGAAAGUGAAUGUGAGGAAAUGUCAAAAUAUGCAAAUUAAUUUUGAUGCUUGAAUUUUUCUAUUGGGUCGAAAAUUCUGAUUGGAAUGAAUUUUUCCAACCAGCCGAAGUUCGGUAAAAAGUAACAACGUGAUUUCAUCAAGUAUGGCAUUUCUGCAGGAACGACGAAAUAACUAAAAAUAGCAAUAUCCAGAUAAAAAGUGAUCUACAUACAUAAAUAAUUAAAUAAAACUCAGGAAUCUUUUUGAAUAGUAUUCAAGUUGCUUGCGAGCCAGGCAGUGAAUAAAUUUAAAUACAUACAUACACAUAAACUUUUUAUAAUACAAUUCAAGUUCAAAGAGCGGAAAGCGCGAGCCAUCAAUACAGCGGACUGUAAAUUCGAUAGCUUCGAUUGUUAAAAAAAAAGAAUAAAAGCUAGUAAAAAUGAAAAAUCAUUUUUUGAACGCGUUGAAGCCUGUGUGCUAAUUAUACGCAAAUUUCAAUAGAAAAACAAAGACACUAAAUAUAACUAAAGGAUAGUAUGUACAUAGACAAAUACAUAUGUAUAUCUACUAAACUUCAGAAUAGAUCUUUUGCGGAAAUUCAUAACUGUGCUAUUGUGGAUAUUUCCAAAAAUCUAAAAAUAAAAACCCAUUUUUUAAAUUUAAUACAAACGGUGUAAAUAUUGUGUCACUGCGACACUUUAACCAUUAACUGAGUUUGUAGAUGAAGAAAGUGAAUUAUAAAAAAAUUACAAGAAUUUAAUUGGAAUUUUAAAAUGGAAACCACAUUGCUGUGUUUAUUGCGGUAAAAAGUAGAUUUCGUAAAAGGCACUUUCGAAAUAAUCAAAGUGAUUUUUAUAGACCUGACAUAAAUCUCCCAAAUUCGGGACCAGAUUUCGAUGUUUCUCUAAAUGAUACAUAUGGCGCCACGUCGUGACAGCAAUAGCGCCAACAGCAGUUCCAGUAUUUUAGUGCAACAUCAACAGCAGCAAGGGCAACAACAACCUCAUCUAUUUGCAUACGCCUCGCUAUUCAACAGGGCAACAUCACUUGAUUCCUCUAACAUUAGCACCGCAAUCACCAACAAUAUAAGCGACAAUUUGUACAACAGUAAUAACAACAAUACCAGCAUGCCACCUAUGCAAACAUCGAACCUGGCACAUCCUUCGCUGAGUGGGACUGCCUCUGGGGGGUCGAAUUCAAUCGCCCAGAAUGGGCACCACCCACACCAUGUCAGCAAUAACAGCAACGCUAACAACAUAAAUAAUAAUAUGAAUAGCAAUAGUAAUGGCAAUAUCCAGGAUCAAUAUACCCGUUGUUGCUAUCCCAAUGGAGAUUGUUUAAAGUUGGAUGCCGGUUUAAUUUCUCUGGACGACCUGUGUGAUGUGGUGCGUGUGCUUUGUAAUAACGAGAACUGCAACAUGGGGCAGUACAUGCAUCGUGAGUGCUUCGAUGCAUGGGAGCAGUGUGUGCUCGCGACACUAAAGUCCGUAGGCCGGGCACGAUCGUGGUCCGAACGGCAGCGCAGCCAAAAUUUGUGGACAAAGAAGGGGUUUGAUUUAGUCUAUAAAGCUUGUGUAUGCAAAUGUGGUCAUGGUCAUAUUCGCAAGGAUCUGGAGUGGACCCCACCUACUCAGGCCACGGCAUCCAAGUCAAGUGCAACUCUUAACGGUGGCGGCGGUCAAUAUGGCAAUGUAAAUAGCGGUCCAAUAGCUGGUGGUGUGCAACAGCGUGUGCUAAUGGUCAGCAGUACCUCUGCUGAGGAAGAUGACAAGAAGAAAAAGAAGAAAAGAAAUCGUAAUAAUAAUCUGUCCAAACCAAACAUGGCAGCAGUGAAUACAAACGGACUUAUUGCCGCAGGUGGUCAACAGCAGCAAGCUCAAAUGGUACAACCACCAGUAACCACCCAACAACAAUCUUCUCAAGCUGCUCAACAGCAGUCAGCCAAUUCCCUACUUAACGGACAACAGAAUGGCAUUAGCAAUAUUAGCAAUGGAAUCAGCGCAAUUUGCACGCCCAAUAAUGUGAACCCAACUGUUUGUAAAGCAGCCAUCGGUAAUAACCCAAACAACUCGCUCAUUUCUAGUAGCAGUAACAACCAAGUCAACAACGUCUUAACCAAUACCAGCGUUGGAGUUAUUGGCUCAGGUCUGCACAGCAGCAGCUCCACCACCAACCAACAACAGCCACAAGCUCAACAGCAGCAACAUCAACAGGCCGUUGCCUCUUUGAAUAAUAUAUUGGGAUUAGAUUUGCGUGCUCGGGCCGGCAGUUUGUCGUCAAGUGGGGCGGGCAGUGGUUCUACAUCGCCUUCUGAUUCUCAAUCUAGCGGUGAGAUUUCAAUUUCGCCCAUAAAUCAACAACAGCAGCAGCAGCAGCAACAACAGCAACAACAUUUGCAACUGCAGCAAUACCAACAGAGCUUGUUGCAACAGAAUGGCUUAACGAAAAGCAUCUUAAAUGGUGCAUUAAACGGCUGCGUCGAUACAAUCCAACGCAAUGCCGCACUUUUGGCAGCACAGCAACAGCCCACGGGUUCUCAGAUUGUGGGUGGUGUAGCUGCCGUUAAUGGAUUAAACGGGUUAAAGCAAUUGAGUGUUUAUGAUCAGCAUUUGGUGCAGCAGCAGAGAAACAAGGAGGUGGAACUCUAUUCGGAGCGUGUACGCUUAACAUCUGGCUGUAAUGGCAUCUUUUCACGUCGUUUGGAUUUUUCGUCGUUCAAUUUGUUGCCGAAGACACGCUUAAAUUCCUAUCAAGUCAAGAUCGAAGACGAAGGCAACCAUGGCAACGAUGAAACCCGUCUUUUCAUUCUAUCUUCUUUGGCUCAGUCGCAAAUGAGUCGUGUCGCAUGCAUUUUAUGCGAGGAGCCGAUGUUGGUUUUCGAUCGCUAUCCGCUCGUGGAUGGAUCCUUCUUUUUGAGUCCGAAACAACAUUCAACCGGCUGCAUUGAAGUGAAUUAUGAAGGAAGACCACUGUAUUUGACUUGCGUUUGCAUGGCUUGCUUGGACGGUAACUCAACCAAUCGUGUAAUUAAUUGCAGGUUCUGCGGUGAAAUUUGGGAUGGAUCGAAUCUAGUCCUCGGCACCAUGUAUUCUUAUGACAUUUUUGCCGCAAUGCCGUGCUGUGCUGAGCGUCUAAAGUGCAAUAACUGCUUCAAAUUGCUUUUGCAUCCGCAGCAGCGUCUAAAUUUCUACAGUGACUAUUCGCACUGCGUCACCUGUCCGUAUUGCGCCACGCAGGACACGCACUUUGUCAAACCGCUGAGCUUCUGCUACACCAAAAGCAACGUGGUACGCCACCAGCCGAUCGCAUAACAUGAGGCCCCGUUGGAGUCCACGGAGAUGCUGGCGGCAGCGACAGCAGCCACACAAGCAACAACAGCAGCCAACACUGCCAGCAUUGCCGCUCCAACGGCGAACAAUACAAGCAAUAAUAACAUUAGCAACAUCAUGCAAACGAAGAAAGUUAUUCUAUACAAUCCAUCAAUUGAUUACUCUGCACCGCUGCAACAACAAAUCAAUCCUGACAUCAUUGGCGCUCAUCCGCACGCUCAACAAUAUCAGCAGCAAUGCAGCGCCAGCGGUGCCAGCAACGUUAUACACAACACAAAUCAGGUAAGACAGCCACAACAACAACAGCAACAACCACAACAACAACAACAGACGCAGACGCAGACGCAUCAACAGCCACGUGUGCCGGCAUUUACGCCAGUAGCUGCUGCACGCAUGUCCUUAGCUGGAUUGGCAGCUGCAGCUACAACAACAGUAGCCGCCGCCCAGACGUCGACCCAGCAGCAGCAAAAGCAACAGCUGGUACACCAGCAACAAAUGCUGGCAACACUACCGCUUAAAUUAAGUGAGCAAUGUAACCUAAGUAAUUUGCAUUUGAAUAGUUUCGUUAAUGAAAUAAGCCCGAUUAAGUCAGGCCUCGAACAACCGCACAUACAGCAACACCAACAGCAACACCAACACCAACGUAGUAACAAUCAGGUGGUGGUAGGGUUGAUAGGUCGCAAUGGCGAAUCCAGCGCUUUGCUAGCAAAGAGUAGUGUCGGUAGCAGUAUUAGUAAUUUAUUAACUAGCAAUAAUUUAGCAACGACCACAACAACACCGGCAGCAUCAACAACAGCAACGGGCACAUUCUCGCGCGAAACAGGGGACGCCGCAACCAUCUCAGCACCAACGGCUAACAAAUUGAAUGCGCUCUGGAGCCAGCCGCACGCAGCAGUCAGCUCAUUCAUCAGCGGUGGUGGCUGCAUCACAGCCGCAGGCCAACCGUUUGGCAACCCAACUGGCACCACUGACGCCAUCUCAACGCUGUGGGGUUGUACGCCAUCGUCCAUCUCCAGUGGCGCCUCAUCCACCAGCGGCUGUUCGAGCGGAUCCGGCUCGCAGCCUUCACUAAGCCCCACUUCCAGCACAUCCACGCGCCCAGAUUAUCGCAGCAGCAACAGUAAAGAGCCGUUGUGGUCGGUGUCAUCGCCGAAUACAAACAACUCACUCAGGGAUAAUUAUUACACCACAAAGACGGGUGUAGCCAUAAAUGCAGCAAUCAUGCAGGCCGGAGGGACCGGUGCCGGUGGUGGUGUUUCAGGAGUCCAUACGGGCGAUAAAAACCAGCAAUCAACAUCGCCCAGCGCAUCCUCCACCUGUUCGUCCGCUUCGUCGACCUGUUCGUCUGGAUUGGGCUCGAACUCGAGCACUGCCAUUGACGUCGGCGUGUGGCCCAAUUGCAAGCUACAGAGCUUCUUCGCAGCCGAUAACUGUGCCGCCACCACUGCCGCAAUCGAGGACACCUCACAGUUUGCCAAGAUUAGCAAUAUUUGGGACAUACCGAACCCGGCAGCAGACAACACUACACGCACCACUGCUGACCUAUUCACCGAUCUCUGGCGCACCAACACUAACGACAGGAGCAGUGUCGCAGCAGCAACAGCUGCAUCACGAAUGACCAGCAACACAAAUGCUGAUGUGGAUGUGGGCGAGUCCAUAGACUUCACAGAUGCCUCGAGCAUUUGGCGCACAAACGUCCAGCCCUCAGCCUUCGCCGGCGGAGCAGGGAGCCGUGCGCUCACCAAACAGCUACCGACAACAGCCGCACCAGCUGGCAGCAAUAACAAAGGAUUUCGUUCAAAUUCAACCGCCGAUGGGGACCACUGCAUGGGCGCUGGCAGGGGCGUAGUGGAGGCUGAUGGCGGCACGGCCUGCAUGCAAUUGUUUUCGGAGCAAUUCCUCAAUUAUAUAAACAUAAUGAAUUACGCUGAUUAACUCUACAAAGGACGAAAAUUUUUUGAAAGUAUGAGAGAAUGAGAAAAGCGUCAAAUGUAAAUGUACGGUGCAGCAAGCAGCGGAUUGCAUACGAGAAGGGAAAUCUAACCAAGCAAACUAUUGUUAAAAUAAAAAUAAAAGAUUAGAAAAAGGCAGGUUUAUUUGUAGUAAUAGUAGUAACGGAAAACGUUAGGUACCGGUAAUUUUGUUGUUUCUUCUGUGCGUUACGUUACUUGAUGGUGAAAGAAAUAUUUGAAAAAAAAAAUAAUAAUAAUUCAAUAUGUAAUGAAUGACAACAACAACUAAUAACUAUAAACACACAAAAUAUUUAAUGACAUUGUUAUUUAGUUACAAAUAAUGCUACUAAGUAAUAUACGUGCAUACAUAAAACGUUUAUUGAAAACGAAAAAAUUAGUCCAUUUAGCUUAGUUUUUUUUUAUAUAGAUGUAAUUUAGUUUGCACACUGUGAAAUAAAUGCCGUGCGGGAAACACUUUGCGUUCAGCGAAAGAGCCUUGUAACUGUGAAACGCAAACUGUUUCCGGGCAACUAGAAAUAGCUUAGCAUAUUUCCCUCAACGUUUGUUUGAAUUAUUAUUUAGUUAAAUUCUAAAAUCUGCAAUUAUCAUCACUGAAAUCAAUAUGUGUAAAUUUUUUUAUGUUUAAAUUAAUUUUGUUGAUUUUUGUUUGAGUUUUUUUAUAUUUUACAUUUUACUUACCGCAAAUUAACCUUAAAUAAUUUAUGUAUGUUUAAUUACAAUUUUUAGUUAUUUCGCCACAUCUAUGAAAACUUUGUACUUGUUAAGCUAUUAAGUAUGGAAAAUGCAUAGAAUUUUUAAAGAAAAUUUACCAAAUAUUUUUGUUAGUAUAAAAGCAAAAACUUGCAACAGCUGAUUACCUACUAUGAAACCAUCACAAUUUUUGUGUUUCAUUUAAUUACUUUUGUAGCAUGUUGUCGUAUAAAUUUAUUGAUUAGCGUUACUUAUUCCUUUCGGUUUUCACUUUUAAUUUUAAAACAAAUAUUGCUGUGUUUUUCAAUAAACAUAAAUAAACCUACUUUUGCAAGAGGAAUGAAUAAACAAUUGCGCUUAGUAAGUUUAUCUGCCUAACUCUAUAUAUGUAUUUAGAAAGGAGCAAUUGUUAGUAAACGUGUGUUAAGAAGAACCGUAAUUAGUGAUUAGUAGAGUAUGAGAAAUGCAAUGAAGAAAAUACUAAUGUGUUUAGCUAUUCGUUGAUUGUAAUUUUUUUAAUGUAACAUCUUUACCUUCAAUUGGUAAUUAUAAUGUAGAGACCCACCUCAGAUGGACAUCACUUUUUUGCACCCCAUGCAGCCAAGCAAUUUCGUACUUUGAAAUCGGAUUGGAACGGGAGCCUUGCCGAUUCCCGUUCCGUUUACAAUAGACAGAGCCGGUUAUUUUCACUGUUCAUGUUUGCUUUUCUUCUUCUGGGUAGAUCAAAAACACAA